CAAAGAAGGAAAACCCGAUGGAGGAAGCAGGAAGUUGGUCUACCAAGAAAGAAAAGGAGAGCCUGAGCACAUAAACAAAACACGAAGAAGGAGAUCAAAAGUCAAACAGGAACUUUCACACAUUUAUCGCAAUGGCCGGAAUUAAAGCGCUGGUUGGUUUGUCCUUCAGUGGUGCCAUUGGGCUUACGUUUCUUCUUCUGGGCUGUGCACUGGAACAGUACGGGGUAUACUGGCCGCUGUUUGUCCUGAUGUUCUACAUAUUAAGCCCCAUCCCGACCUUCAUAUCCAGACGCCUCAGUGAUGACACUGACUCCUCCAGUAAUGCAUGCAGAGAGCUGGCCUACUUCUUAACAACUGGCAUCGUGGUAUCAUCUUUUGGGCUUCCCAUUGUGCUAGCCCGCAAUACCACAAUCCAGUGGGGUGCCUGUGGUCUGGUGAUGACAGGAAACGCUGUCAUCUUCCUCACCAUCUUUGGUUUUUUUGUCGUGUUUGGAGGUGGGGACGACUUCAGCUGGGAGCAGUGGUAAAGCGCCUUCAGACGGUGGAUAGACAGAUGGAUGGGUGGAUAGACGGCAGACUGAGGGGAGUACGUGUCCUAGGGGAUGACGCUCAUGUACAUUGUAUGCUGCAAAAAUGUCAACUUUACUGGGCAUGUUUUCAGGCCGAUUUUUAUAUUAAAGGGUGUCAGGGUUGGAGACAACAAUAUGUAUCCCAUUAAUGUGCCUUAUGUCUAGAACCAGAGAGACACUGAUGCCCAUCCACCUUCACCCAUGUAUUUUAGCUUGUCUCGCCUUUAUUCCAACCCCCAAAUCCCCCUGCUUAUUGCAGCUGCCUGCUAUUUCAUUAUGCUUCAGUUAAUCAAUAUCAUAUUGGGAUCCUAAAGAGUAACUAUAUUGUAAUGUACACUAAGAUGCUCACUGCACUAUCUGUCCUCAUUGCUCAUGGCAGGAUUGGCUUUACUGAAUUAUGGUUUGCUUAUUAUCUAGCACUGUCUGCUGUUUAAAGUGUGAAGGCAGGGCAAGUUAUCUUAAUCCAAGCUAACUAGUUGUAGGACUCCUUAUCAGGUAAAAGAUAUAUUUGUAUGGAGAUUGUGUGUGUGUGUGUGUUUUUGUUUGUUUUCAUUUUGCGACAAGACUGCAAAGCCUUACUUUUUGUUCUGGUGCAAUUGUUUACAUUCUCACCAAAGAUCAUUUUGAGUGCAAAAAAUGGAACAUAUUCACCCUCGAACUGUGGAUUUUGAUCUGAAAGCGCUGUGUAGUGAAAAUCAUACAUCUAAGAUUCUAUAUUCAAUUAUUGUGUGAACAGGCCUGAAGAAGCACCCAUAUCCAUUUUAUAUUCCUGCAGAUGACAAAGAAAUUCAUACAAUUGAGCCACUAAGAGCAUGAUAUUAAUUUGUGAAUAUUUUUGACAUGUUGAAUAGUAAAUAUGGGAGAAACAUGUUUUUGGGCCACGUGUUUUUCCCAAAAAGGAGAGGGCUUUACCUGCAAGCUCGUUCGUAAGUGCCUGACGUCCAGUGUAUAUUUUGAUUAAUAGAGAAAUCACUGUGAUUUGGUUUUGAGUCGGAUUUUUGGGUUUCAUCAUCAUCCUCAUCAGGGGCCAUUGACAUUUGUAGUUGUAAAAUCAAUAUAACAUAAUCAUGUUCUAUGUCAUCAUUGCCAGUAACUGACUUUUAAUGAGGUUCUGAAGUUUGUAUGAUUAGCCCACUCGACUAUCACAGAAAAUCUCACUUGGUGUCCAGUAUAAUUUCUGAUUUCCCAAUUCCUUAACUGCUUUUUGAGGGAAAUAUUAUACUGUGUGUCUCAGAACUGACAUGUAAAGAAAGCUUUCUAUUGUGACUCCCAUACUCACACUAAUGACUUCUCAAGAGUUAUUUUAUUAGCUCCUGGUUACAUUUUGUUUUCUAACAUUGAUUAAAACUCCCUAUAUAAUGAAACAAA